AUGUACCAAAAGCGCCGACGGGGCAGACCGCGCACUGGCCGCUCCAAACGUGCCCAACGCACCUAUCUUUGCGCCCAUUGCGGCAAGGAGCUCAAGACCUUCAAGGGCCUGCAGAUCCAUACGCGGCUCCACACCGGCGAGAAGCCUUUCACCUGCAAAGUCUGCGACAAGUGUUUUUCCUGCGAGACCCUCCUGCGCACCCACCGGGUCACCCACACCGGCGAGCGACCCUACAGCUGCGACCUCUGCGGCAAGUCAUUCACCCAACGCUCGACCCUCGUUGUCCACAAGCGCUACCAUAGUGGCGAGAGGCCCUACGUCUGCGAACGGUGCACCAAGGGCUUCGUCACCAAAACGCUCCUCAACACGCACCUUAAGGGCUGCUUCUGA